UACCCGCCAGCAGCAGCACCAAGCGCCCAACAAACGAAAGAGGCGCGAAAAGUUCUGGAUGUCCGAGACUUCACAUACACACGACAGCAAUGGACAGGCAAGUCUCCCAAACAAUUCCUCAACGACUGGUACCGAAAGAGAGUGCCGAAAGGUCAAGUGACCUAUGAGAAGAUUGACCUUGGAGGGGGCAAGUGGAAGUGUCACUUGAAACGACCGCCAAAGGAGGGCGGAGAUGUGGUUGUGUGUCCCGAGAUUGCAUGCACGAAUUUGAAGGACGCCGAACAUCUGGCGAGUGUCCUGCUGCUCUAUCAACUCUGCUCCAACAAGGAUUUGCACCUCCUACUCCCCCCACCGUACAGGGAUAUCUGGUUGGAGUGGCAGAGGAAUGAAAGGGAACAAGUCCAAAAUAUUAAACAAGAAGACAAGAAGCCUAGAGAUGAUUUCAUAGAAAAGUUUUUCAGCCAACUAUCGAAGUCAUCGGGUGGCGGCGUUUACGCUAGCAACAAAGAUGGUGGGGAUGUGAAGAAGAAUACUGAUGGUGGUGCUGAAUAUGGUGGAGAUUGGGAAAAUUGGACCGCAGAGGAAAACGAUGCCUUAGAUGCCGAGAAGCUUAAUAAAAGCCAUCAUCAUCAACCUCUAAAUAGAAAUUUUUCAGAUUUAAUUAAAAGAUCCAUCGACAUUAAAACCAAAAAUGAAACAAACAAAUCAUACGCAAUCUUAAAAAAAGAUCGUGAAUCACUUCCUGUUUACAACUACAGACAAAAGAUCAUAGAUACGUUUAGAAAUUACGACGUCUUCAUUGUUGCUGGCGAAACAGGAAGUGGAAAAAGUACUCAAGUGCCUCAGUUCAUUUUGGAGGAAUUGCUAUCAUCCUCAUCAUCUUGGUCACCAUCCUCACCGCUCCCACCGACCAUCAUAUGCACUGAACCUCGAAGAAUAUCGGCAGUCAGCUUGGCAAGGAGGGUGUGUGCCGAGAUGGGGGAAGUGGAUGGCCCUGGAUCUUUCGGAUCCCUUUGUGGAUAUCAAAUCAGGUCAGAGGUGAAGAGGUCACGUGACACGAGGUUGUUGUUCUGCACGACAGGCGUGCUGUUGAGGAGGCUGCAAGAAGAUCUGUGCGUCGAAGAUGUCGGAUGUGUCAUUGUCGAUGAGGUGCAUGAGCGUGAUCUAAAUACUGAUGUUCUGCUAAUCCAUCUUCUGGAAAUGUUGACCUCGAACAAGAAAAGGUCAAAGUUGAAGGUCGUUCUGAUGAGUGCAACGAUGGACAGCGACAAGUUCCACAAGUACUUCAAGGGCUGCUCCGUCGUCCGCGUCGAAGGCAGGUCAUUUCCUGUCCAGGUGUUGCACUUGGAAGAUAUAAUUGAGCGGACAGGAUAUCAAUUAGAGAUUGAUUCAACAUACGCUCUACCAUAUGAAUAUCUUGUUCAGGUGAAUAUCUGGUGUGUGCGCGCGUGUGCGCGCUCAUCUCUGGACCCGAAUCAAUUCAGCCUCCGAACGAGAAACAUGGUCACGCGAUUAAACUGUGACGUCAUUAAUGUUGACCUAAUUCUCGAAACUGUCAGGUGGCUAAAUGGGCCGAAAAAUAAUAAAAAUAAUAAUAAUAAUAAUGAUGAUGGGAUAUGUGGAAAAGAAGGGGCAGUGCUAGUGUUCCUACCCGGCAUGGCGGCCAUUGAAGAGGUCAAGGACAGCAUGUUGUCUGACCCACUUUUCAGCGACCCAGAUAGGUUUCUCGUCCUACCCUUGCACUCAAUCCUGUCAUCAUCCGACCAAUCUCUGGCUUUCAAUCCGGCCAAAUAUGGGAUCAGGAAGGUCAUCCUGUCGACGAACAUCGCUGAAACUGGAGUCACCAUUCCCGAUGUGGUCUACGUGAUCGAUUGUGGCUGGGAGAAGCAGAUGAGAUACUUGGACUCCCAUCGCAUUAGCCAACUGCGUCAAAUCUGGAUCAGCAAAGCCAGUGCCCGCCAGCGUCAAGGACGUGCAGGCAGAGUGAGGGAGGGCGUUUGUGUACGUCUCUAUACUUCCGGUCAGUUUGACGUCAUGAGUCAACAUAGUAUGCCGGAAAUUAAACGAGUUCCGCUUCAGGGGUUGUGUCUUCAUGUCAUGAAAAGUUAUUCAGAACCUCCAAACGGAUUCCUUUCGAAAGCGAUCGACCCACCGGACCCACAGGCGAUCAACGUCGCCAUGUCGAUAUUGAGGGAGGCGGGGGCCUGCGAGGGACUGUCCCUCACUCCCCUCGGUCAUCAUUUGGCCAGGCUGCCCCUGGACGCCAAGCUAGGGAAGAUGAUGGUCUACGCUGGUGUGCUGGGAUGUUUGCACGAAGCGUCAAUCUUGGUUGCCUGUAUGACGGAGAAAUCUCCAUUCAUCAGUCGGCUGGAAUCUUCGGCAUCUUCUCCAUCUGCAUCGGAUUGUCAGGGGAAGGCGAGGUUCAACUCUGAGGAUUCCGACCAGUUGGCUGUCUACACUGCCGUCAGAGAAUGGAUGGAGAUAUCGAAAAGGACGGAGAGGAAGGAUUACUGUAGGAAGUAUGGUCUCAAGAUGGAAGUACUGCAAGAUAUUGAGUCAACAUCUCGAGAACUUCGACAACUGAUUCGAGAUUCCAACCUGGAGACAAACAUAACCGACCUUUGUACCGACCACCCAUCCCUAACGAAAUAUCUACAACCUCGCACAUCCCUACUCCAAAGCAAGGUCACGGUGACCUUGCUCAAGGCAGUUCUCAUGGCGGGUCUUUACCCUCAGAUUGGGAGGUUGCAGACGGUCGAUAGAAACUUUGGCGGGAAGAAGCGAGGUUUGGGAAGGGAGGUGAACCUGGCUGGGGGAAUUCAAGCCAUCAUUCACCCUGGUUCCGUCAACAGGAAGUUGGAUGCUGAUGGAUGGAUUGUUUAUCAAGAUAAGGUUUUUAAGUUGUCGCAACAAAUCGCUCUUCGAGACACGACGCUGGUGAGCAGUGUUGCAGUGCUGCUGUUCGCUGGCAACAUUGAGGUUCAACAUCAGCAGCACCUUCUCACUGUGGAAAGUGUUGAAGAUUUGAUCGCCUUUAAGGCACCCGCCAAAAUAGGAGUCUUGAUGAAGGAGAUGCGGUUCAUGUUGGAUGAUUUCUUGAGAAGGAAGUUGCACGAUCCGAAACUCAGCGUUGCAGGUUUGUUGAUGGUGUUGUUGUUGUUGUUGUACUCUUUUUGUUACUGCUUAUGUUACUACUGCCACUAUUACUUCUGCUUCCAUUGCUGCUGCAGCUACUGA